AUGACAUCUAUUGAAGAGAUAAGGAGGAUCCGGGGUGAUGUUCUCGGCAUUGAUUCUUAUAAAAUCGGCUUGGAUGAGAAUUCUAUAGACUGUAUGGGUUUCACUGUGAAAGACCUACAGCUCCUUGGCGAAAUAGCAUCCCACAAUGUCGGAGUUAAUCUAGAAACCUUCAUAAACACAUAUUCUUCUGGCACAAACACCAAAGUCGAGAUAGAAUACAAUGAUUCAGCCUUAAAGCAAGUAAACCUUGUUCAAGACAGGUUCCUCUCUAUGACUCCAGUCAGUCCAGUACAAGGUUUUUUCUUAGACCUAGGCCUGGCUGGGUACAUUGGUCUCAUCAACUACAUCUUCGAAGUGGAGGGUUCGGAUCUGAAACAUGGCUUGACAACCCUCGUAAAUCUUCUAGAAUCUAAAAACCCCAUCUUUUGUACGGUUAUUGGGGCUAUGAAAGAUGGGAGUUUCGCACAAACCUUGACGGCGAAGAAAAAAACCAUGACCCAGAAGUUUGAGUUGGCAAAGCCAGCUGUACAACACGCUUUAAUCGUCGGGGACCCCGCCCAUGAAGGAAGCAGCUUCUUCGUUAUCUCAUUACAGCACACUCACUGCGAUGCAUUCUCCCGAUUUCUCAUCAGCAAGGAGAUAUCACAGAUUCUGGAGUCGCCAUCAUGUUACGCACAAAAUGGAACCCCUGAACGCCCUUGGUUUGCCGAUUACGUAAAGGAUGUCCAGCUAAAAGCCACCAACGAUUAUGUCACCUUAUUUUCGAAUACUUACCUGCGCGGCGCAAACUUAUCCAACACCCAUCCUCCUGAUAAAGCAACGAUCAGUGGCGAGUUGAAUGGUGCUACCAUCGAAAGAAUGCAAGUAUCUGUCACCCCGAGCAUUGCGAUCAGUUACUCAAGAAAUCCAAGGCAAAUCAUUCUUGCAGCAUGGGCUAUGGCUUUAGCAAAACUAUUGGGGCUUCGAGAUAUCACGUUUGGACUCUGCCAUCAUGGCAGAUCAUCUGGCUCUUUCACGAAUGUGCUACGUGUAAUGGGCCCUUUGGUAAAUGCGUUCCCUUCCCACGUUUCUCUUACCUCCAACAAAGAAUCAGUUCCUGAACUGCUGCAAAGGAUCCAGAUCGAUAUCACAACCACAAAAAAAUGGGAACAUGGAUUCUCUCCGAGCACUUUCCCAAGUGCUGACGGAAAUCCAUGA